AUGGGACAGAGUACUUCACGAGUACAACCGUUUACGGAGAGCGAGCAGGUCUACGACCUCCCUCACAGUAAACCCCCAAAAUCCAGCCCCGACACGGCAGAGAAACAUCAUCCUCAUCGGCCUGAUGAGAAGACUGUUGAUGAAGGAGAGGGAACUGUGCUUCCCACCUCUCCUCUGAAAGAGGAGAAGAAGAGCAAUAAAAAGAAAGUGGGCCACUUCUUUAAAUGGUUCUCUUCCCGUUUGAGGAAAAAAAUCACCAAAAGCAAGAGCUCAGGUCAGGAUGAGAUGAAAGACCAAGAUCAGAAGCCUCAACAGCCCAUCUGCAGAUCUGUAGAGGUCACUGAUCUCGAGGAACCUCACACCAGUGUUCUUCAAGUCCCUCCUGCUGCUGAGCCUCUGGUGCAGAAAGACCUCCAAACUCAAGUCCACGAUGCUCCAGUCAGUGUGAGAGCAGGUGAAGUGUCUCCUCUGAUGAUAGAGUUGGACAGCAAUGAAGUGGACACGAGACCUGAAGGAUUAAAAUUCAUGCCUUGGCUAUGUUUUUUAAAUAAUUUAUGGCAUCCUACACAUAUUGUUUUUUGUUAUGUUCAUCAGGUGGCAAUGAAAUUCGUCAAAAAGACAAAACACACGGAAUAUAUCAGCAUUCCUGAUCAUCCCAAGCCCCUUCCCAAAGAAGUCGCCCUGACAAUUCUGGCCAAUAAAGGCCCAGUGAUGGAUAUUAUUAGGCUGCUGGACUGGCAGGACCAGCAGAACUUCUACGUCAUUGUCGUCCAGCGCUUCUCACACUGCAUGGAUGUUUUACGCUUUGUGCAACGCAAUGGAGGCAGCAUCGAUGAGAAGUUAGCGAGGCUCAUCAUGUUUGGGGCAACACUAGCCGCCAGUGCAUGUUGUAGACGUGGAGUUUACCAUGGGGACAUCAAGUUAGAGAACCUGCUGAUAAACUUGGAGAACCUCCAAAUCAAACUAAUUGACUUUGGAUGUGGCAGUGUCCUGACAGAAUCUGCCUACACAAGCUUCAGUGGAACAGUUAUGUACUGCCCUCCCGAGUACAUACUGAAGGGGGAGUUCCAUGGAAAGCCAGCGACGGUCUGGUCUUUAGGGAUCCUCUUGUUCAGAAUGCUGUGUGGACACUUUCCAGAUAGUUAUGACUUCUACAGGACCAACUUGAACACCUGGUCCAAACCUGGCUUGACAGAAGGUGAGUUCUUCUUCACAAGUACAACUCUACCACAGAAACUUUACUGGAGAUGGACAUAUGGAUAAUGCAGCAGAUUUUACAUCUUAGAAUAAAAGCAGAUGUAGUUUACAGUAAUAAUCAGACGUCUCUUCCAUCUUUCUGCACAGAAUGCUGCUAUUUG